CUUAAACUAGUUUAGAAAAACAGUGUUUUAAGAGAGCAUGGAAAAAGCAGAAAAACAGAAGGGAGAAAUGAUUUGGCCUCCACCGGAUGAGCCGAAAGUUGAAGACCCCGGCCUUAUAGUGGACUAUGUAGAGAAAAAUGCAAAAAAAGGUGAUCCAGAUGAUGUACUGAAAGCUGCUGAUUAUUAUGGAUGGAAUUUAGGGAAACUCAGAUCUAUUGCGAUAGGAGACGUUAAAGGUAAAUUCGUGGAUGAAGUUGUUCAAGACGUAAAUCCGACUGUUGCUUUAGAAUGUGGGGCGUGGUUCGGAUAUAGUGCGGUGCGGAUUGCACGUUUAAUGAAACCAGGUAGCUGUUUCUACUCGUUAGAGAUCGAUCCAAUCUGUACGAAGUUGACAGAACGGUUUGUUGGACAUGCUGGGUUAAGUGACAAGGUGAAAGUUAUAUUAGGUGACGCUCAUGAAGUUAUUCCACAGCUAAAAGAAAAAUAUGGGAUUGAAAAAAUUGACUUAGCGUUGCUCGAUAACAGCUGCAAAAACUACAAAGGCAAUCUGAUUGAAAUGCUUGAUGCUGGUUUAAUACAGAAAGGCAGCGUCGUCCUUGCUGACAACGUUCUAUACCCAGUAGCGAACGAUUACAGAGAGUUUGUCCGGUCGCAUAAAAGAUUUGAAAGUACUUUGUUCGACACACACCUAACGUAA